AUGACUGCUAUCGGGGCGCUGUGUCAGCUGGUGAAGGUUGUGUUGAUGUUUAAUGCCUCUGUGCUAUUCCCCUCCCGUCCUGUAGGGGCGCUGUGUCAGCUGGUGAAGGUGGACCCAGAGAAGAUGUCGUAUCCGGGCCAGAACGUCACGCUCCCCUGCCAGUUCAUCGCCCCCGAGGGAACACAAGUCUCACAGGUGUCGUGGAUUCUGGAACCCCCAGAGGGCGAGCGCCUCAACAUCGCCGUGUUCCAUCCGACGUUCGGUGCGAGCUACCCAGACUCCCCGGUGCGCGGCCGCGUGACCUUCGUCUCCGACGCGCUGGACAAGCCGUCCAUACGCAUCACGGACGUCAAGAUGACCGACGAGGGGCGAUACAUCUGCGAAUACGCAACCUACCCCACCGGGAACUCACAAGGAAUCACCAACCUCAUCAUGCUGGCUAAGCCGGUCAACAAGGCGUCCACGGUGACGGUUGUCGCGGGCGACCGUGCGGUGGUGGUGGCGCGGUGCGAGUCGUCUCGCGGGCGGCCCGCGGCCCAGAUCCGCUGGGUGACGGCGCUGAGGGGCAACGGGUCGCUGUCGGCAACGCAGGAGAGCGACAACACCGUGACGGUGCGCAGCGAGUACCGCCUGGUUCCCACGGCGACCGACAACGGCAAAGACCUGAGCUGCAUCGUGGAACACCGAACGGACGACAAGCCGCAAAGUUUCCCCAUGAAGAUCGCCAUCGAGUACCCUCCCAUGGUGUCCAUAGUGGGCUAUGACAACAACUGGUAUGUGGGUCGCACCAACGUGGAGCUGACCUGCCAGGCCAAAGGAAACCCAAUACCUACUACUGUGGCCUGGAGAACGUUGUCAGGUCUGAUGCCAGAGACGGUGCAGGUGAGUGAGAAUCGUCUGAAGGUGCUGAAGGUGGACGAGACGGUCAACACCACCUUCGUCUGCGAGGUCCGCAACCGCCUGGGAGCCGGGAAGGACCAACUCACAGUCUACGUCAGAGAUCCUCCUGUGGGUCCCUCCAAUGCCGGAGUGGUAGCUGGCGUUGUCAUAGGAACGCUCCUGGCUCUCCUAUUGGUUGGUGCGCUGGUGGCCAUCUUGGUGAUGCAUCACCGCCGGCAACAGCAGCAGGGCGGUUACCGGGGCAACCAGAAGGGGGGCGGGCUCUACGACAUCAAGUCCCGCCUCUUCGGCUCCAAGGCCAAUAAGAACGGAGCUGGCAACCACGGCAACGGCGCCGGCAACAACAACAUCGGCCCCAUCUACACCUAUCGGGACGGGCCCAUGAUGGAGGGGGGCGGGCUCGGCGAGAAGGGGCCCAAUCACGGCUUAGGGGGCGUGGCUGUGCUUUCCACCACGCCCACCGCCCAGGACAUCUUAUUGGCUAGUGAGAUGGACGAGGCAGAAAGGAGGAAAUUUGAUUCGCUGGAAAUGGACGAGGAGGAGGAGGGGCCUUACACGCACCUUAGCCCCGCCCCCGUGCUCCAGCUGACGCGGCACCAUGGAGACGACGCCUAUCACCACGACAACUAUCCCCACGGCAACCAGCUGGGCGGAGACUAUCCCCGCGGCAACCAGCUGGGCGGAGACUAUCUGGACGAUGACAUGGAGUCUCAACGAGACGGAUCAGUUAUAUCGAGAACCGCCGUCUACGUCUGAUGGAGAGAACACAGAGAGAGAGAGACGGAGGGAGAGAGAGAGAGAGAGAGGAGGAUGGAGGGAUGACUCUGUGACAGAAGGAGGGAGAAAGGGAUGAGCCCGUAUCAGGAGGAGGGAGGGAGAGAGGGAGGGAGGGAUGGAGGGAGGGAGCGCUUUCAUUGAAAUCAAAAAUAAAAUGUUUAUAAAACUUCUCCCUCCUGAUUGAUGGAUGAAGGAGGGAUGAACUGAGGGAGGAGUGGA